GGGCAGGGACACCUCCCAAUAGAUCAGGCUGCCCAAGGCUCCAUCCAACAUGGCCUUGAACAGAUCCAGGGAUGGGGCAGCCACAGCUUCCCUGGGCAACCUGGGCCAGUGCCUCACCACUUUCAUUGUGAAGAAAUUCCUCCUUAUGUCUAGUCUAAAUCUCCCCUCUCCAGUUUAUAACCAUUGCCCCUCAUCCUAUCACCACAAGCUUUUGUGAGCAGCCCCUCUCCAGCUUUCUUGUAGCCCCUUCAGGUACUGGAAUGUCACUCUAAGGUCUCCCUGGAGCCUUCUCUUCUCCAGGCUGAACAACCCCAACUCUCUUAGCCUGUCCUUGGAUGGGAGCUGCUCCAGCCCUCUGAUCAUCUUUGUAGCCCUCCUUUGGAUCCACAGUAUAAAACCAUUGCUCCUUGUCCUGUCACAACAGGCCUUGUGAAGAAGUCUGUCCCCAUGUUUCAUGUAGGCCCUCCAAGGCUUGGAGCCUUCUCCAGGCUGAACAACCCCAGUGCUCAGUCAGUCCUUCUGGGAGAGCACGAUCCUGGCCCUGCUCUAGACCUGCUCUAACAGCUGCAUGUCCGUCCUGUGCUGAGGGCUCCAUUGGAGGGGUUUGAUUUGCGAGGCUGUGAGGGAACACUUGGGACAUCAAGUUCAGGAACUGCAGUCGUGGCAAAUGAAAAAUUGAGGCCAGCUCCCAGAAAAGGCCUAACCUCUUGACACAAGCCACUGGCUCACCUCCCAUUCCAGCUACACAGCACCAUGUGCCAAAAGUAAUGACACUGGCCCAAGAUAUCUGCGUGCUACCUAGAGAGUAAAGGAGACUGAGGUAACAACAGUGCACGAGGCCCUGUGUUGGUAGGGAGUGGAAAAUUACUGUAAAUAAGUGUUUGUAGAUCACUGUGCUCCUUGCCAUAGGGUAAGGCAAAGAAACUACCAAAACUCCUCAUAGACCCCAAGUGCCGGGUAAGAUCUGAGCCUGAGAGAUGUCACUGAAGAUGUCAGCUUACACUGUUGUGACAAUUAGCCGUGGUGACAACAACCAGCCAAUUACAAAACUGUUACAAUGAGUUUUGUUGAAUAUGGAGAUACAAUAAAGAAUGGUGACACAGCUAUUGUGUUCUUGGGCCACGAAUCCAUGUUUCCUGUCAAAGUCCAGCAUGGCAAUGUAACUCAGACUAAAUACGGGGUCAUCAGGCAUUCCACAGACCUCAUAGGCAAGAAGUAUGGCUCCAGAGUGACCUGUAGUAAAGGCGGAUGGGUAUAUAUUCUUCAUCCGACUCCAGAACUGUGGACCAUGAAUCUUCCACACAGGACGCAGAUUCUGUAUUCCACUGACAUCUCCAUAAUCACCAUGAUGUUAGAGCUGAAGCCAGGCUCCAUAGUGUGCGAAUCAGGUACAGGCAGCGGAUCUCUCUCCCAUGCUCUCAUCAGGACAGUGGCUCCCACAGGGCACCUGUACACGGUCGAGUUCCACCAACAGAGGGCCGAGAAGGCUAGGGAGGAGUUUCGAGAGCAUGGGGUGGAGCACCUGGUCACCGUGACCAACCAGGACGUCUGCAAAAAUGGGUUUGGUGUCUCGAACGUCGCAGACGCGGUGUUCCUAGAUAUUCCGUCUCCAUGGGAAGCCAUAGGACAUGCAAAGUCAGCAUUAAAAGCUGAAGGUGGACGCAUCUGCUCUUUCUCCCCCUGCAUUGAACAAGUCCAAAGAACCUGCCUAGCAAUGGAAGAAUAUGGUUUUACAGAGAUUAACACCUUGGAAAUUCUGCUCCGAGUCUACAAUGUAAGGACAAUUAGCUUGCAAAUCCCUGACCUUGGAAAAGCAGCUGAGGAUAAUUCUAGCACUAGCUUUGACUGCAGCAACCCAUCAAACCAAGGUAUCUCGUGUGUUAAUCUGCAGCAAGGAACUGUGCAGUUCAAAAGCGGUGUGCCACUCAGGGAGAUGGUUGGUCACACUGGGUACUUGACCUUUGCCACCAAGAGCCUGUUUUAGUACACGUUGAGUUUGUGCGGUUCGGAGCAUUCUGGGUGUUUGUGUAUCUACUCUGUUUUCAUGGUUGUUUUUUGUAGAACAUCCAAAUUUUUGCUUGUCAGGGAAUUCCAUAUAUAGUCAGAUUUAGUUGGAAUAUGUUUUGUUUAAAUAGCACACAUGCAUUAACCAGAGCAGCAUCAAGGGAAUGUUGAAACUCUGGAGUGGUGCUCCACUUGCCGUCAGAAAGAAGAUAAAUUAAUAGCAAAUGGCCAUUCACUGGAAUGUGCAGAAUAAAGAUCCCUCCCAACAAGAAAGCAAAACAAGCAGCACAGUAAUUGCAGAUAAGUUGGAUUUUUUUCUCCUCUUUUCUGGAUUAUUUUCCCAGUUCAAUAUUUGUAUUUUUUUUCUAGCACCACUUCUUUUUUAACUUCUGUAGUUUCUUUGUUGCUCUUAGGAACGUGAAAAUGCCUACUUGCUUUAUUUUAGUUAUGCAAGUUGCGAGGUCAUGUAGGGUUGCCAGCACUACUGAUUGCAGAAUUAGUGUUUCCUUGGAAUAGUGUUUGGCUGCAGAGAGGAAUAUUGGCAGUGCACAGGAACACAACCUCUCGCUCCAUUCCAGGCUGGCAUCUGGAAAUCAUUUAGAUUACACAGAGACUGAAGAAAUGUGCUAAUUGUUGGAUUUGGUUUAAAACAGUACAUUGUGCUCAUCAAUUUAUAGUAGAAAUUUGGACCUUGCUUCAUAACUGUAGUCUUCUAAUGGAUCAUCUGCUUUCAUAGUUGAUGAAUCCACUGUGAAAAUUCACUGAACAGCUGGUUAAUAUUAUCUGAACACCUCUUUGUAAGUGGCGUGGUUCAGAUUCUGUUUGUUUGGUGGUUUAUGUGCAUUAUGGUGUCCUAUCUUCCAGUGGUUGAAUGACAGGUUGCUUUUGGCAGGAUUUCUGUCUCUGAAUUGCAACAACAAUGCAAAGUUAGUAAAAUCCUCAACCAGCUUUAUUAAUUAAGUUUUCAGACCAUUUACGCUUUGAUCUUCUGUACAAGGUGAUGGGUGUGAUGAACUGUUUGAGUGCUGGACUAAAUUUUAUUUUUACAGAUUAAAAUGAUUAUGCAAAUUUAUAAACUUUCAUAUUUCUUUUUUUCUAAAGAAAUGGGUUCACGAGAUUUUUAUUCCAGCCACUAGUACUAUCUAUAAAAUGUUUAGCUGUGCCUUGCAUUCGGUACUUGAAUAUAUUGAUUCCUGUGUAAGAAAAAUAACCAUUCAUAAACCACUGCCUGAACAUUUGAACCUGAUAUCCCUCCCCCAUUCUCGACAAAAAUAAACAAAGCUAAGCUUUUAACAUGUUAUAGCAGAACGCUAAUCCGUAAUGGUUUAAAGAAAGCUCAACCGAUCACGACAGCAAAGAUAAACUGUUGAGCAGAUUAGAGGCAGAAAGCACUUAUGCUGAACUAAAUAAGUUACAUAAGUUGGCCUACAACUGUAGCAGUUCUCCAGAAAUUACAUGAAAGUUCUCUUUCUGCUGCUGCUAGUGUCCUCCAGAAAGGCCUGCAAUAAACUGUUAGCACUGUUUAUAUGGCUUGGUGGCUGUAUAAUAGCGACACACUUGCAUGUGUCUGUGCACGCACGUGUCUGUGUGCUUUAACCACCUCCACAGAAAGUGCUAACGAGAACCAGAAGAGAGGAUGGGUAAUAACAAGGUUAAUGCUACAGGGUUGUUCUUAACUUCCCUCGAGAUGAUUCUCAUUCAUUAGCAAGUGGGAUCCUCAGUCUUCACUGAGGAUAAUUCCAGCCCUAGCUGUGAUUCUUUUUUCCUUUAUUUAAAAAUAGCAUAACAUUUAGACAGGAUUAAAGAGGAACAAAGUCACAUUUCUGUUGUACAAAUAGACAUGGAAGGGAAAGACUGAUGUGUCUCAUGGAGCCUGAAACAAGGCUGAUGCCUUUUUGCCUACAAAGCCCAAUUCAAACCCACUUGAAAUAAACCAUUGACUUUGCAUGGACCCAUAUUGAUUUGAUCCCUGCUGAGGAAGGGCAAGCAUUGCGUAAGAGAAGAAGGAUUUCAUUUCUGUCUUUGCAAUAUUAAAAAGCUUCUGUGUUUUUGUUGCCAAUCGCAGCCGUGGCCAGCAGCACCACACCACUUCCUGCUGCUGCUUUGUUGUCAGGAUCACAAGAAGGAUCCCACGCUGUCCAGCCUGGAUGGUAUUGUGCUGCCAGACACCCUGCACUAUUUAAUUCUGCUUACAAUCACCUGUAUUUUGUAUUCUGGAUACAUUCCCUGCCAAAACUGGUAAAUCAAAAAUAUGCUUCUGUCCUGGCACACUGGGGGAAUCUGCCCAGACCAUGCUUACAAAGACUGCUUUCUUUUCUUAAUACAUUUUAGUCUUUGGUCAGGGAUGAAACAUCUCUUUUUCCUGCCCUGACACAGCUUGGUCACACCUUGGCAUGCUGCACAUUUUCAUUACUCUUGGAUCCCUCAGUUGUUGUGGAGAGGUACCAGCGCACAGCUCUGCCCGACAGCCAGCUUCCUGUCCCCCUUGUGCUCCAUGCCCUGUAGGCUAGCAUAGAGAGCAGUCUUAGACAUCUUACAACCUACAAGGCAAACAGUAAUGACUAAGAUGAGGCUUGGGAAACACUUGAGAGGUCUGCUGCUGUUCACUGUUUGCCUGUGCUUUAAUUAAAGCAUUACAGAUCUGUAUCUCGUUGUGGUUGUUACCUGCUUACCUGUUAGCACAAUGCUGUUUUCCCCUGAAGAAG